UGACUUUUAAAUGCAGUCUUCAUUGUAUUGAUCUUCAACUGUGAACGCAUUGAUUGUCGUCUAAUCUGAUCCCAAGAUUUGCCGCACAGACACCACACAACUGAUGACUUCACUAUUGAUCCGAUCGAUGGCCGCAUCGCCUGCUAUGUCGACGGCGGCAACGAUGCGGAAGACAACAGCAUCUCUGUUCUCGAUGACACACAAGGGCUCUAUGGUUGGGAUCAGCUCAGGUGAUGGGCGCCGAGCUAUGCACACGAGUCCCACACAUGAGACACACGCCAAAUACGGCGGAAGGUUUAUGGUGACAGCACUUCCCGGCGAUGGCAUCGGACCCGAGAUGAUCGCUAACGUCAAGAAAGUGUUUAAAGCCGGUGGUAUACCCGUGGACUUCGAGGACGUGAAUCUGGACUCAACACAUGAAGAUCACGAGAAUAUGUUCGAAGCGAUCACUUCCAUCAAACGCAACGGCGCGGCACUGAAGGGCAAUAUCGAGACCCGCGAGCACUCGAAGCACUUCCUGUCCCGCAAUGUGGAGCUACGGCUGCGGCUCAACCUCUACGCCAAUGUCAUCCACUGUCAGUCCCAGUCGGGAGUCCACACCCGACACAAAGACAUCGACAUCUAUCUGAUCCGUCAGAACACUGAAGGCGAGUACUCGUGUUUAGAGCACGAGAGUGUCAACGGUGUGGUCGAGAGUCUUAAGAUCGUGACCCGACAGCGCACGGAACAGAUCGCUCGCUACGCCUUCGAGUUCGCCAAACGCAACGGUCGCAAGAAAUUGACGUGUGUUCACAAGGCUAAUAUCAUGAAACUGGCCGACGGUUUGUUCCUUAAUAUAUGCACACAAAUGGCCAAAGAAUAUCCAGAAAUCAAAUACAAUAACAUGAUUAUCGACAACUGCUCGAUGCAGUUGGUCUCCAAUCCGAACCAAUUCGAUGUGCUUUUGUUGCCCAACCUUUACGGCAAUAUAUUGACGAAUAUCAUGUGCGGUCUGGUGGGCGGCCCCGGCAUCACUUCCGGCCGCAAUUAUGGCGACACUUACGGCGUCUUUGAGACGGGGACCCGAAAUACGGGCAAAUCGGUGACCGGGAAGAACAUCGCAAACCCGUUGGCAAUGUUUAACGCCAGCGCAGACCUCUUGGAGUUCUUAGGCCUCGACUCUCACGCGCAGAUCAUACGCGACUCAAUACACGACUGCGUGAAUGUGGCCAAAGUUCACACCCCAGACCUCGGCGGCCAAAACACCACCACAGAUGUCGUCGAUUAUCUGCUCGAACGGGUGGUCGACAGGACUCGCCUCUAGUCUUCUGCAGAGUUAAUGACCGCAACCACUGGAGAUCUGAACCGCUUUUCAAUUAGUAUUACAUUUAAUGCAUUGAUUUUAAAGGCUAUAAAUAAUAGACGAGUUAUUAUUAUUAAAACAUUUAAUUUAUUCGUUAAUUAGA